CAGUCCUGAUGUCACAGGCGCGGCAAGGACAUCGCAAGGAGGAGUCGGAUUACAGUAAGGAUGGGCCGUGCCGCGGGCGGCCCGAGCGCACGCUCCAGCCGCCGGGAAUCUUAGCCCGGGAAAGGCAGCCUGCGAGGCGCUCGCCACCGCUGGGGACCUCGCCGCCGACUGUAGCAUGAAACGGCUCUGCUCUGCGUGUCAGCCGGGGGUGAGAGCUGAUGCUGAAGACGCCGCGGUGGGGUUCCAGCUGUCUGAUUAAUGAGAAACAUAAUGUAUUUUGGUGGUACAUGCCAGAGCCCUGCUCUCCCAGCCCUGGUUCGUCCACCAGCUCCUCCUUUGCAACCAUCGCUGGAUAUUAAACCAUUUCUUCCCUUUCCUCUUGACACUGCUGCUGCAGUCAACCUCUUCCCAAAUUUUAAUGCGAUGGACCCGAUUCAGAAAGCUGUAAUAAAUCAUACAUUCGGGGUUCCUCUUCCUCAUCGAAGAAAGCAAAUCAUAUCAUGCAACAUUUGCCAGUUGAGAUUUAAUUCUGAUAGCCAGGCUGCGGCCCACUACAAAGGCACGAAACAUGCCAAGAAGCUCAAAGCACUGGAAGCCAUGAAAAAUAAGCAGAAAUCUGUAACUGCCAAGGACAGCGCAAAGACUACCUUCACCUCCAUCACUACCAAUACCAUCAAUGCCAGCUCUGACAAAACAGACAGUACCGCAGGGACACCAGCAAUAUCAACGACGACAACUGUGGAAAUUCGCAAAAGCAGUGUUAUGACAACUGAGAUCACCUCUAAAGUGGAAAAAAGCCCCACAACAGCCACUGGCAAUAGCUCAUGCCCUUCCACAGAGACUGAGGAAGAAAAGGCAAAACGGCUCCUGUACUGUUCCCUAUGCAAGGUUGCUGUCAACUCUGCCUCACAGCUGGAGGCGCACAACAGUGGUACAAAGCACAAAACUAUGCUAGAAGCCCGUAAUGGAAGUGGUACUAUCAAAGCCUUUCCUAGGGCAGGAAUGAAAGGAAAGGGACCUGUUAAUAAGGGAAACACAGGUCUACAAAACAAAACAUUUCACUGUGAAAUCUGUGAUGUGCAUGUCAACUCAGAAACACAACUUAAACAGCACAUUAGCAGUAGAAGGCACAAAGACAGAGCUGCUGGGAAACCCCCGAAACCUAAAUACAGUCCUUACAACAAACUACAGAAGACAGCACAUCCACUGGGGGUAAAGUUAGUAUUUUCAAAAGAACCCUCAAAGCCAUUGGCUCCAAGGAUUCUGCCUAACCCGCUUGCAGCAGCGGCAGCUGCAGCCGCCGUGGCAGUGAAUUCCCCGUUCAGUCUUCGAACUGCACCGGCAGCGACGCUGUUCCAGACUUCUGCUCUUCCUCCUGCACUCCUGCGGCCUGCUCCAGGGCCCAUUCGGACCACCCACACCCCAGUGCUGUUUGCUCCUUACUGAAAUCCACAUGGGAGUCAUUGUACUGCAAUAAUUUUUCAAAAAACAAACAAAAAACAAAACAAACAAAAGAGAACUAUGCAGUGUUUAUAUAUAGUUUAAAGUAUACCUGAAGAGCCAGGACUUUUGAUAGUGAAUUGAAAUGAUUAUUUAAAAAUAAAUAAAUAAAACAGAGGGGAGUUUGGGGACGGGAGGGAAAGGGGUGGAAUUUUCUCCAAAUUAAAGCAUUCCUCUUGAACAUUGAUUGUUUUAGAAGUGAUCUCCAGCAUUGACUUGUAGUGGUAUCUAGAAUUCUGAAGCCUUUGUGACUGUGCUUUUGGGCACCUUUUCCCCUUGCAUUGUCUUUCCUGCUUUAUGAAACAACUAUACAUUGUCUAAGGGCAUUAACUGGUUCCAAUGUAUAUAGAAUAAUUUACUCUGUAGAUGAAAAUAAUAUGAAAAAAAGAAAAAAAAAACAAAACAAAAACAAAAGCAACACUGUGAAUAGUAGUACCCGUGCUGGUCCUCUUGCUAUGAUACAGCAAUUCCUGGGUAUUUAGCCCAACAACAGUAGAUACAGUAGAUGUCUUGUAAAACAAUAGUGCUGUGUCUCAAUCUAUGCCACUAGAUUUUAAAGAAUUGCAAUGGUAGAAUGAACAACUAUUUCAUGCCAGUAAGCAUUCAAAAACUAAACCAACACCAUGGUGGUGGAAAGGUUUUCCUGGUAGCAUUCUCCCCUUUCCCAAUCCAGCAUGGAGAGGACCUUAAGUUCAGAAGUGUAGAACAUGGCUAAACAUAGAGGAAGGGGAGAUGUUAAUAAAGAUGAUUUUCAGCUAAGCAGAGUUUUACCACCCAGAAACACUAUUGCUGGAAAUAAUGUUUUAUCUAUAAUGCACCUUUGAGUGAAGAUAGGUAAGUCCAUGUAUCAUGGGAAUUUAGAGAAAAAACUGCUCAACCAUUAUGUUUCAAGGAUAAGGGAGAAUCAAAACCCAGGAUAAUAAUGCAAAGUAAAGAUUUUUUUAUGUUAGUAUAUAUUCAGUGAAACAGAAAAUAUUAAAUCUCUGCAGUAUCCCCUUUAUAUCAUACCAGUAGGGUUGUCUCUUAGGCAUUGGUUUCUGCUUUGAAUAUGAUGGUAGACAUAGCUAUUGUUGUGGGUUUUCUGUUGUUUUUUUUUUUAGAUUUCCUACUGAUAUGAUAUAAACAGUUAAUAUAUAUUUAAAUGUUAGCAAAAACAACUUCAAUGAAUCAGAGUCAGUUUCAGACCAAGGAUGCAGUAUUUAAAAAUACUGGUACGAUGCACUCGACCAUCAUUUAUUUCUCUAGUGGAAUUGUGAAAUACUGAUAGCCUUGGAAUUCACCAGAAGGCUGAAAAGAGUUGAUGUUUUACCUUUAAAACAAGAUUUAUCAGGGGUAUAUAUAAAUAUAUAUGUAUAUUGUAUAUAUGUUAGAAAGAUUAAGAGACUAACUUAUGAAAAGAAAAUCUAUAUAAAAUAAUUAUAUAACCAUCCCAUGUUACAUGUUAUCAUUAAAUUGGUAACAAAUGGCAUAAAAUAGCUGUGCCUUUAAUUUGUGAUAAAGGCUGUUUGCUUUUUUUCCCCCAUAAGCUAACACAUACCUAUCACUUAUGAUGGGGUUUGAUGCAGCCAGUCUGUUGCAUUAAUAAGAACAAUGGCAUUCAAAAGCAAUGAUAUAAUAUGUACAAAUAAACCAUAUGUGAUUUAGGUUUAGAGAAAAAAUAUUUUUGAAAAGGUUUUGUAAAGACUAUUUAAAAAUAUUGGAAGGACUCAGUAUUACCUUCCUGAAAUUUCUCUUAUCCAAACUGUAGUAAUUUUGAGAGGUAGAAAAAUUCAAGAUGAAAACAUUUGAGAGAUAGGUAUUGAACAUUGUCAUAUUAAAUUUAACAAACGACCCAUAUGUGCUUGGUGCUCAAUACUAAUCAUGGUCUUUGGGGUUCUUAUCUAUCUAGCUAUGUGCAUUUGUCAUAUAACCAUAUCUUUAAAAUAGGUCGCUUUAUAUCAUUUUGUUAAUCAAAACAAAAAUAAAAAGGAAGGGACAGAGAAAAAAUGAAUAAGAAAAAGGAAUAGUCUAUCAAUCAGAGAAAUAAAAAACAUUUGAAGCAUAUAUCUCUGGUUAGAUAUGUAGUUAGCAUUAAACUUUGUUUUUGAAAAUGUUUGGUAAUUUUGCAUUUAUCAUUAUCUCUAAUUCUGGUUAUAGUGUUUACUUUGUCACCUUUAAACCCUGCUAGUUCAGCCAAGUGGAGUAUUGCUCCAUGAGUUUGUUGCUCUGGGCUCUGUCUGUAACUCCUGUGACCAGCUUCUGAUUGUUUUGAACUUUAGUUUCCUUUUUCUGCUUUGUUUGUCACAUAUCUUCAUCCUUCAUUCUAAAUCAGCCCGAAUCCCUAUCCAACAUCCUUUAUAUCUGAUCAAACUUCUCUUUCUUUUGGAGAACUAGAACCUAGUGUUAAUUGAUGGCAAUCUCACUACCAUGUGCUUCUGUUGGUCUUCCCCAUUUUCACCAAAGUGAAUGAGCCAGUCCACUAGAGGUCAGGGUCUCUGGGAUACAGAGUCCUAGAUCACAAAGGUGUUACUAACUUUAAUGAUUUUCUGGGAACAAACAAAUCAGCCAUAUUUUCUCCAUCAGCCAUAUGAUGAAGCUCAGAAAUACCUAACUCCCUUCUGCCUCACUACACUAUGGAACCAUUUUUGUUUAAAUGGUCUCUUAAAUGGAAGUUGUAAGCAUCAGUUGUCUUUUACUCACUACCUAAUAAAGGAUGAAGCCUAACCAUAGAACUUACAA